CUGACCGACGCGAAAUGAUGACGUAGAUCUCGCGCGGCCUGUUUUUCCGUAAACAGGCCGAAACUUGUGCUUUGCCGCGCCGUCACAGCGCGUUUAAAAUGGUCGUGUGUAACUUUUUCCUCCAGGGCCGCUGUCGGUACGGAGACCAAUGUUGGAAUGAGCACCCGAGAGGCGGAAGCAGAGGAGGGGGAGGUUAUAAUGACAGCUACAGCCGCUCCGGUGGUCAGCAGCAGCCCAGAGGAGGAGGAGGAGGAGGAGGCUAUGGGAACAGAGUUUGGGUGAAUCCCUCCCAGCAAAGAGGAGGAUAUAUUCAGCCAUCAACCUUCUCACAGGGAAGCAGUGACUGGGGUUCAGGACGUGGUGGAGGAGGAGGAGGAAGAGGAGGAGGAGGAGGAGGUGGUGGUGGUGGUGGGAGAAGAGAAAACUUGAAGAGCUCUGAUUUCAGCUUCUCAUCUUCGAAUCGAUUUUCUGCUCUCGAUGCUUCCAAUGCCUUUGACAAGGGAGGAAGAGGAGCAGUAGCAGGUUUAGGAACUGCUGGAGAUGAAGAUGACGAUAAGAAACUUGAAGUCAUUCAGGCGGACAUGGAUGCCUGGGAGAGUUCAGGACAGUGGGGCUUCUCCUGCUACUCUAGCGUUAAGACGUCCAUAUCAGGCUUCACUGAUCUGUCUCCAGAAGAGCUCAGGCUGGAGUACUACUCCACCAGAGCAUCAGGGGAUCUGCAGGGCUACCUAAAUGGCGUAAACCAGCUGUUCAGUCAGUGGAAAAGCAGAGUCCAGGAGCUGAAGAUUAUGAGUCCGUCCACACGUCUGGCACUGCUCGCCGAGUUAAAAGGAACGGCUCCGCAGUCGUCUUCGAGUGGCUUUGGUUCGACAACGACGACAGGAUUUGGAUCCUCCACAUCCAGCAAAGGCUUCGGUGCACCAGAACACUCCGUCAACUUCGGUUUCUCAGCUCUGAGUUCUGGAUUCGGCUCUUCUUCUACAUCUUCACUUUCAACUGGGUUUGGUAGCCUUAUACCAGCUCCAACACAACCUCCGUCUGGGUUCGGCUCUUCCUCCGUGCCGUCUGCUUCGUCCUUCUCAUUUACCGCCCCGAGCGCAGACAAGCCGCCGCCAGCGGCCUCUUCGGGGUUCGGAUCGGCCUCGGGGUUCAGCUUCUCCUCCACGACAGCAACCACUGGGGGAGGACUUGGGAGCGCCUUCGGGGCGGCGGCAGCAGCUUCACUCGGAGCCGGAGCGGUGGGAGAGACCGCAGACGGUCUGUUCUCACCUGAGAGCAAACUCACCCAGGAAGAACUGAAUCAGUUUAAAGCCAAAAGGUUCACUUUGGGACAGAUUCCACUAAAACCGCCACCUGCGAAUAUGCUAGUGGUCUGACAGCGUGGAAAAAGCUAAUGCUUUCCCUUUGGGUUGUGUAUUGAUUCAGUCCAUACAAAGAAGAUUUUUCACUAAUAUUUAGGUGCACAGCAAACAAUAUGCACAGAUUUCUACUUGGGACUCAUUAUAAAUGACGUCUUUUGCACCAUAAAAUGCUGACUUCAGAUUUUUAAAUUGGGCUGAUUUUAUUUUAUUUUUUUGUAGAACAUUCUGUUUGUUAUGGCGAAUAUUUAUCUGUCAAUGAUGAAGAAUAGCAGCUACAACAAAUCAUUGACGAUCAAUUGCACUUCUAUAUAGGUCACAAUAAGCUGCAUUUACUGGUGUUGGUCAUAAGAGGGCGCCAUGAUUGAAGCUAGAGUGUUUCUCACUUUCUCUGCCUUCGUGUCUCUGGUGACCAACUGGUUUAAUACGAGCAGUCGCUUUCAGAUUGUAAUUUUUGCCCAACAUUAAAACAAUAAAUGAAGAUCAGUGAGUGCAAAGCUAUUCGCCCACAGCUUUCUGUUCUGCACACCACAGAAGGGAACACAGAUAAGCGACGCGUGAAUGCAGUCUGUGUUUAUUAGACGCCGAGCCCCAGCGGGACUACAAGCGGAGUAAUACAGAGCACAGCAAUAAGCAGUUUUACUACAGAGGCCACUGCGCUGCUGACUGGUGCAUGUUUUCAGCUGACGAGGACCUCCUCGUGUUGUCAGCAGAGAGGUGAAAAGGAGCCGAGUGAAGUGUUUGCCAGGUCAAAAAGGUAGAUAAGGCUAAUGCAAUUAGGAGCAUCCCAGCAAAUAGUUGUAGAACAUGAAGUGCAAGCAAAUAGAGUGCCGUUUUCUCGCCUACCUCUCAGACUGUCAGCAGUCCACCCCUCCUCAUCCGCCUGUCUCCUUCUGCCAGCAGAUAAUGCAUAAAUAAUUCAACAGAUUAAAAAGGGGCUAUCUCAUGAAAAAGGCCCUCUCAUUUCACUGGAACUCAUUUAAUUUGCAACGCAGCUCCAUCAAGUUGCCAGUGUGCUCGCGUCGAAGGGUGGCGUGUGUCCACGAGUGGAGAGCAGAUCAGAGCUGUAUAUUACAUGCAAUGGAUAAGGUCAUGGAUGUUUGCAUACACACACUCACUCACACACACACGCACGCAGCCAGAUGUAGUUUAUUUUUCCUUCUUUUGUUGCCCCUCUGCAGCAGCCUUCACGUUUAUUUGCACACCUGGUAAUGAUGUAUAAAAAGCAUUAAAAAAUCUGUCAUCUUA